GUAUGACGCCGCAUCUCUUUGUUGGUCCAGCGGCAGCUGCGCUCAUGUUGUUGUAGCUACUCUCUCUCCCUGGAAAUAUUUUUCUCUUUCGAAAUAUUUCGUCUCUUGUUUUCGUCGCGGCCUGUACACAUCCUAGUAUCUAGCGUUUGGUAUCAUACCUUGUCACAAUAUCAAGUUAAACCGAGUAAUGGACUCAGACGAAGGGUACAAUUAUGAAUUCGACGAGGAGGAAGAGGAAUGCAGCGAAGACAGCGCCGAGGAGGAUCCCGAAGACGACACCCUGGAAGUGGAGUUGGAUGAUCCUGUUGUGGCCGGUGGAGAACGAGAUGAAUGUGGGGAGACCGGAGGCAGUGGCCUAGGGCCCGGUCAAGACGAAGAGGAUUAUCGGUUCGAGGUUUUGACUGCUGAACAGAUCCUUCAGCAUAUGGUCGAGUGUAUCAGGGAGGUCAAUGAUGUCAUCCAGAACCCUGCAACGAUAACAAGAAUACUUCUUAGUCACUUCAAUUGGGACAAAGAGAAACUGAUGGAAAGAUAUUUUGAUGGGAACCUUGACAAAUUGUUCUCGGAAUGCCAUGUCAUCAACCCCAGUAAGAAGUCGAGGACACGGCUGAUGAACACGAGGUCCUCUGCUCAGGAUCUUCCCUGUCAGAUCUGCUACCUGAACUACCCAAACUCGUACUUCACUGGCCUGGAGUGUGGACACAAGUUCUGCAUGCAGUGUUGGGGUGACUACUUGACUACCAAAAUCAUUGAGGAGGGGAUGGGACAGACAAUUUCCUGCCCGGCUCACAGCUGUGAUAUAUUGGUGGACGACAACACAGUCAUGAGACUGAUCACAGAGUCCAAGGUGAAGUUGAAGUACCAACACUUGAUUACCAAUAGUUUUGUAGAGUGCAAUCGGCUGUUAAAAUGGUGCCCGGCGCCAGACUGUCAUCACGUAGUCAAAGUCCAGUACCCAGAUGCUAAGCCUGUGAGAUGCACAUGUGGCCGGCAGUUCUGCUUCAAUUGUGGCGAGAACUGGCAUGAUCCCGUCAAGUGUAAGUGGUUGAGGAAAUGGAUCAAGAAGUGUGACGAUGACAGCGAGACGUCUAACUGGAUCGCAGCCAAUACAAGGGAGUGCCCCAAAUGCCACGUGACCAUUGAGAAGGACGGCGGCUGCAACCACAUGGUGUGUCGGAACCAGAGCUGCAAGGCAGAGUUCUGCUGGGUCUGCCUGGGGCCCUGGGAACCACACGGCUCUGCCUGGUACAACUGCAACCGCUACAAUGAGGAUGAUGCCAAGGCAGCGAGGGACGCCCAAGAGGUAACACGGUCCAGGGCAGCCCUGCAGAGGUACCUGUUCUACUGCAACCGUUACAUGAACCACAUGCAGUCGCUGCGCUUCGAGCACAAGCUGUACGCCGGGGUCAAGGCCAAGAUGGAGGAGAUGCAGCAUCACAACAUGUCCUGGAUCGAGGUGCAGUUCCUGAAGAAGGCCGUGGACGUGCUGUGUCAGUGUCGCUCCACACUCAUGUUCACCUACGUCUUCGCCUUCUACCUCAAGAAGAACAACCAGUCCAUCAUCUUUGAGAACAAUCAGGCUGACUUGGAGAACGCUACGGAGGUUCUGUCUGGAUAUCUGGAGCGGGACAUCUCCCAGGACUCUCUGCAGGACAUCAAACAGAAAGUACAGGACAAGUACAGAUACUGUGAGAGUCGGCGUCGGGUGCUGCUGCAACAUGUGCACGAGGGCUAUGAGAAGGACCUCUGGGAAUACAUAGAAGAUUAAGGAUAGACUCUUUACUAAAAAGAAAAAACCUCUACAGACUAGAGCGCUGAUGCAAUGCCACGGGGCAGGUUGUUGCUGAUCUUCCCAAUAUUGCAUUUUUUUUUCUCCUCCUCUUGGGUUUUGUUUAAUGGAAAAGUUUAAAAUAAAUUAUAUCAAAAUAAUAAAAUAAAAAAAAGUAGAAUAUUUCUAACAUUAAUCGUACAACAGUAUUGUUUGUAGCAGAUUGGAUUGUGAGGACAAAAAAAAAAGAACUCCUCCCCCCCCCCCCCGCUUCUCUCAAUUGGUCAUUGGUCACUAUAGUAACAUCAUCACCUCCCCCACUGUUCAGUUCUCCAGUGAUGUAUUUUAUUUGUUUACUUUUUAAAGUACCCUUGUGUGGGACAUGGGUUUGUGUUCAACACAGUCCAACUGUUCAAGCCAUGUUGAUUAAAAUGUGGUCAGAUGACAUGUAGGGUUUUUUGAAUGUUGAUUUUGCUGAUUGUAAGGUGCUGAACCAUGUGGGUUGAACCAUGGGGGGAGUGCAGGAAAAAGGAACCGUGUUUUUCAGUUUGUAAAUAACACAUAUGCAUGGAACAGCAAGGCCGUUUUCUUUCAUUUGUCUUUUCUUUUGUUGUUUUGAAAAAUAUUUAUUAUUUUUUUUUCUUCUUUUCAAAUAUUCAAAUAUAGUUGCUGUGUAGAAGACAAGUUCGCUCCUGCUUUAAAAGAAAAUGUUUUCUUUGUGAGGUUUUUUUUAGAAGCUGUGUAGCUUCACCCAGGAGGACAAGGAAAGAAACAGUUUGAACGAGCGAUGAAACUCUGACCGGGUUGCGGUAGCUUUUUGAAAGCAAUUCUGACAAAAAACAAAAUCCCCCUAAAAAGGAUAGCAUGAGGUGAGAGAAUGAGACUAAAGAACAAACCAUCUUCUUCUUCUUUUUAACAGCACGCCAGACUGUAGUUCAGGUAAUACAUUGAUUUAUUCAUAGUUGGAAUUGAACCUUGCAACCUUCAGAGGUUAUCAGCUAAUUGCACCUGAGGGGGUUUUGAGAAAGGAACAGAGAAUGACUCCACUGUGUCCUAAGUGGCUCCAUAUUCUCUAUAUAGUACACUAUGGGGCCCUGGUCAAUAGUAAUGCAUUAUAUAGGGAAUAGAGUGCCGUUUGGGAUGAAGGUAAUGUCCUGUUUGUUCUAACCCCCCUCCUUCCCUCUUGUUCUUCCAUCACCACCCCUCCUGUUUCUCCUUAGAAGUUGUAAUUUCCAGAUAACACACUACCAACUGUUUCAUGAGAGCCAAAUUGAGUGACAUUCACUCAUAAAAAAAAUAAACAAAUGUAUUUCUUUUUUCAGA